AUAAAUAUCAAUGAAGUUGUUAUUUUACCUUUAAAUUCUAAUUUUUCCACAAUUACUGAUAAAUUUAGAUAUUUAUUUCUCUUUGCCACUAGAGUUAUUCUUAAUGACUACCGACUUUCUUAUUAUUUUUUUCUUAUGAUAUCAUCGUUUGGCGAUUACUUGGAGUGCGCUUCUACGCCAUAGCGCGGUAAAAUUAAAAUAUAACAAAAUAACAUUGUGCAUCACUUUAUAUUUAGCGACAGUAAACGUAUCCAGAUAUGGGAUUUCAACUCAUAAGCGAAGGCGUAUAAUUCUGGGUUCUUCGCUCGAAGGAAAGCUCAGUCAAAUCACGUAAACCACGUCGCAAGAUCCGAAACGGUAGUGGAGGAAUAAUGAGCAGUUCAAAUUAUCAUGAAUAAAAAAUGUCGGAGAACAAAGCACUGGAAGAUACGUCGAAGUAUGUCGAUGACAUGAGAAGCUGGUUGAACCAACAGCCGCACCUACCGAAAAAUAUAGAAGAUAAAAUGCUGUUGCGUUUCGUGCACAGCUGUUAUUACGACGUCGACAAAGCGAAGGCGGCGCUGGAAUCCUUCCUGAACAUUCGGCUGAGUGUCUCCGACCUGCUGAACAACAGGGACCCCAUGGCACCCGAUAUACAGAAAGUUAUGAAAAUUGUUAACCUAGCCCAAAUCCACACCUCGAACAACCAAUACAUCUGGAUGUGGCAACUGAACGACCCGGGCUUAGAGUACUACGACUACGUGCAGGACGCGAGAUUCUUUUUCCUCGCCACGGACGCGUACUUCCUACACAACUCCGAGUUCCCCGAUGCAGAUGUAGUCGUGCUAGACGUGAAAGAUCUCAGUCUGAAGUUUCUAACGAAGUUCAAUAUGUCCGUGGCGAGGAAAUUGUCGAAAUAUCAAGAGGAUGCAAUGCCGAUUAGACUGAAACAAGUGCAUUUGAUCAACGCGCCGUCGUCGAUCGACAAAAUAUUUGGACUCAUUAAACCGUUUAUGAAAAAAGAACUUACUGAGUUGAUACAUUUCCAUCCGCCGAAUUCGCAAACUCUAUUUAAGUACAUCGACCGAGCGGACCUGCCCGAGGACUACGGGGGCACUCGCCCGCCGAUGGCCGAGCAGAAUAAAGAGAUCAUUGCUAUUAUUAUGAGCAAGAGGAAAGAGCUAAUGGACGAUACAUUGUGGAGAGCCAUUCCAACUGAGAAGAAGAAUAAAUCAAGCAAUAACAUCACAGCAGUGCCGUCGUUCAGGUCUCUGGCUAUUGAUUAGAUUUAAAAAAAAAAAGGUAUAUUUGCAUAGAUCUGUUUUGAUUUAAAAUAUAUAAUUACAUUUUGCCUUUAGAAAUUCGCUAUAAAUUAAUGCGAAAAUUAUUUAGAGAUUAAAAUUAGCACCAGGAACUAAGGUAAACAGGGUUUACAGGUAGUGUUAAAAGUAUGAAUUAUAAUUAUGUAUAUUAUAUUAGAAUUAUAUAUUAUUAAAGUUCUAUAACAGCGUAUAUAUCCUUGCCUUUAUUAUUUGCUUCUAAGAUGGAUGCCAAAGUAGGGUUGUCAUAAUUAAAAAAAAAAAAA